UUUUGGUGCUUAUGUGCCUUCGUUUUAUACUUUGCAGCGCAGAUGUAAGACUUGUCAAUAACUGUGCAACUUUGUUGCAAACAGGCUACAACAACGACCACAACACAAGCGUUUGGUAACGUGUGUUGACGUCACAUUUUCAAUUCCAAUUUCCAGGAACUUGUAAUAGUUUGGCGAUCAAGCUUUUGAGCUUACAUUUUACUGGCUUACCUCAAUUAAGGACAGUCUUACACAGUAAGAGGAUUAGAGCGGGCUAAUUCGUGAGAGGUGAUAAUUGUGUGCAGUCCUUGGGAUAUCUGGUUACACUGGUCGUGAAGAUGAUUUGAUUCGUCUCGUAAAGCUAGAAGAUGAAACGGACCGCCUCGAGUUUUGUCACAUGAUCAAGUUUUUGAACAGACGUCAGAAUCGGUGGUACCGACAACCGACAAAGACAUACGCACUCAAACUCUGCGGCGGAAAGCUGGCUACACUGAACGAGAAAUGACACGAUACUGACGGAUACGCUUAAUCACUGUUCUGCGUUCAGUUAUCAGGUUAGGACCGCAAGCUGAGCCCAUGGAGGGAGGCAGCAAAGCGGGGUUGGAGGAAAGGCAGGAUCUGGUGCAGAGGGCCACCAGCGGGGGAGGGGAGUCAGUGAGGGUGGCGCAGGGCAAGGAGGAAGAGGUGGUUGUCCGACCCAAGGUUACUGACCACGACCAGGCCAGGAAGGGGAGCUCGUCGCGGUCGUCUCGUAAGAGCUACCGUCUGGACUAUCGUCUGGAGGAAGAUGUGACGCUGUCGGCCCGGGACCGCCACGGCCGUUUCACCAACCCCUGGCCCGACUGGAGGUUCCCCUCGUAUGCCACGAUUCUCCGCUUCUACCUGCUGGACAAGGACAACAGCGACGUGCCGUCGGACAAGGAUGUUCUGGACAGGGAACUUCCUGUGGUGAAGCCCUACUUCCUCGAGAAUCCUGAGCAGACAGGAGGGGCGGCACCUGGCAUACGGGUGACCUGGCUAGGCCACGCCUCCGUCCUGGUGGAGAUGGAUGACCUGGUCAUCCUGACCGAACCCAUCUUCAGCCAGAGGGCCUCACCGCUGCAGUUCCUGGGGCCCAAGCGCUUCCGGGGUCCCCCCUGCACGGUGGAUCAACUCCCCAGGGUGGACGCUGUCCUUAUCAGCCACACCCACUACGACCACCUGGACUUGGGCACCGUGACGGCGCUCAACGAGCGUUUUGGGAGCGAGCUGCGCUGGUUCGUGCCGCUGGGCCUCCUGGACUGGAUGCAGAAGAACGGCUGCGAGAACGUAAUCGAGCUGGACUGGUGGAAGGAGAACUGCGUGCCGGGCCAUGACGACGUCACCUUUGUGUUCACGCCGGCACAGCACUGGUGCAAACGCACGCCCACCGACGACAACAAGGUCCUGUGGGGCAGCUGGUCUGUCCUCGGGCCCGGCGGACGCUUCUUUUUCGCUGGAGACACGGGGUACUGCCCCGGCUUCCGGGAGAUAGGACGCCGCUACGGACCCUUCGACCUGGCCGCCAUCCCCAUCGGAGCCUACCUGCCCAGAAACAUGAUGCGUAGUCAGCACGUGGACCCAGAGCAGGCUGUGCUCAUCCACCAGGACAUCCAAGCCAAACACUCCCUGGCCAUCCACUGGGGAACCUUCGCCCUGGCCAACGAGUAUUACCUAGAGCCUCCAGUCAAGCUGAGGGAGGCUAUGGAGAAGAAUGGGUUAAACACAGACACCUUCUUCACCCUCAAUCAUGGAGAGUCCCGAGUGAUCAGUACAGAGGAAGAAGUCUUUGAAUCAUUGGAAGAAUUGCCCCAAAUCGAACCCCUUUGAAGUGGCCUCAGGAAGUGUGUGCAUGAAGAGUCUAAACACCAUCUUGGGAGAUUUGACUGCUGUAUGCUGUUAGACAAUAGCUCUAACUUGCUGUCUGAUUGGCCGGUCCAUUUAUCUUCCUGUCAAAUCUUCUUGAGAUUGUGUGUUGCUUGCAGAGGUUGUCACGGGGACUGCACUGUGGAUGUUAAUCCUCUCCAUGUCAGAAGGAUCCUGAAUCAGAUGGAAUUCACUUAUUCAGAUAGAUGGCACACUGAUUCAGAUAGAUGAUUCCUCUGAAUCACUGCAUCCUCUGUUUCCCUCCUCCAGUGACUCUCCAAAUGCCAAAUGUCUGGUUUGUAAUCAGUUAGAGAUUAAUGAACAGUCUGUUCUAUUACUGGGCUGUUCUGCUGAAUGAAAACUGUAUAAUUUUAUUGAAAUGCACAUCUAUGUUCUUGUAUAAACUGCAAUACAUAUUGCGAAUAUGGA